CCCGCUCAGCGGCAGUAGCCCGCGCCCCGCCGCCAGCGGCGGCUCCUCAGGAGGCGGCGGGGGCAGGUGCGGACGCUUCCGCAUCGCGCUGCGAAGAGGAGCAGCAGAAGGCGAAGGAAGAGGAGGUGGCGGCGAGGGCGGGCGUGCGGCGGGGCCAGCAGCCCCGAGCCUGUCCGGCGUGCCCGUGGGCGUGCUCCCCGGCGGGGCGGGCCGGGCCGCCGCCGCUAACUUUGCCUCUUCGCGAAGAGCCUUCCUCCGGCAGUCAGAGGGUCGUCGGAGCUCCGGCGGUCCGAAGCAGCCCCCCGCGAUGAAGGGCCGCCGGCGGUGGCGGAGCGAGCACCGCCGUUUCGCCGCCGUGUUGGUGCUAUACACGCUGGUGCUGCUCCUGUUGGUGCCCUACGCAUUGGACUACGGGGCCCGGCGCGGGCGGACUGACGAGGAGCCGCUACUGCGGCGCUGCCCCAGCCUGGAAGAGGCGCUGAGCGAGUGGGGCUGGGAGCAGCAGCAGCCGCCGCUGGACGAGGAGGACGAGGAGGGGGACGAAGCGGCGGGUAACGGCAGCGCGGCGGGGAAGCGGCACAUAUACCUGCACGCCACUUGGCGCACGGGGUCUUCCUUCCUCGGGGAGCUCUUCAACCAGCAUCCCGACGUCUUCUACCUCUACGAGCCCAUGUGGCACCUGUGGCAGGCCCUGUACCCAGGGGACGCGUUGAGCCUGCAGGGCGCCCUCCGCGACAUGCUACGCGCCCUCUUCCGAUGCGACUUCUCCGUCCUGCACCUCUACGCCGCGCCGCCCGGCCCCCGCGACCCUCUGGCCCCCGCCCCGCCCGCCGCCGACAACCUCACCACUACCAGCAUCUUCGGCUGGAGGACCAACAAGGUGAUCUGCUCGCCGCCGCUCUGCUCCGGCGCUCCGCGGGCUCGCGGAGAGAUCGGCCUCGUCGACGGCGCCGCCUGCGAGGAGACGUGCCCGCCGCGGGCGCUGCGGGAGCUGGAGGCCGAGUGCCGCAAGUACCCGGUGGUGGUCAUUAAGGACGUACGGCUGCUGCAGCUGGGCGCCCUGCUGCCGCUGCUGCGGGAGCCCGGCCUCAACCUGCGCGUGGUGCAGCUCUUCCGCGACCCCCGCGCCGUCCACAACUCCCGCCUCAAGGCCCGGCAGGCGCUGCUGCGGGAGAGCAUCCAGGUGCUGCGCAGCCGGCACCGCGCCGAGCCGCGGGGGACGCUCCGCCACCCCCAGCAGCAGCUGCCCGGCAUGCUGGGCGGCGGGCGGGCGCCGCAGCACCGCGCCGAGUUCUUCCUCGGCGGCGCCCUGGAGGUGAUCUGCCAGGCCUGGCUCCGCGACCUUCUCCUAGCCCGCCGCGCCCCGGCCUGGGUCCGCCGCCGCUACACGCAGCUACGCUACGAGGACCUGGUGCGGGAGCCCCGCGCCCAGCUGCGCCGCCUGCUCCGCUUCGCCGGGCUGCCCGUACCGCCCGCGCUGGAGGACUUCGUGCUCAACAUGACCCGCGGCGCCGCCUACUCCUCAGACCGGCCCUUCCUCAUCUCCGCCCGCGACGCGCGGGAGGCCAUCCACGCCUGGCGGGAGCGUCUCAGCCGGCAGCAGGUGCGGCAGGUGGAGGCUGCCUGCGGCGAGGCCAUGAGCCUCCUCGCCUAUCCCCUCAGCGCCGGCGACGCCCGGUAGCGCCCGCGCCCGACGCCGGGUGAUGGCCGGGCCGGGGGCCGCGACUGCGGCGGGUGGUCCCGCGGGCGAGUGGGCGCUGUGGGGCCGAGCUGGGCGCGGGGUGCCCAUCUGGCACGGCGGCGGCCUGCGCUCGCCUCAGGGGUCGGGUGCUGCUCCCCUGGCAGGCGCAGACCAGCCUCGCCUCAGGAGCAGGCAGUGUUGCGGGGCUCAGGGCCCUGCUUCCCGCUGCUGGCUUCGGA